AUGACACAAGCAAUUACGGACGAACCACCAGCGCCGCGGCAGGAGCUGGUGGAAGCCGCACUCCAGCACUCAGUCAUCCCCGACGAGCGGCCUCUUUCGACCUUUGAGCGAGUGAUCACAACCCAUGCGCCCAUUCUGGAAUCGCUCCUCCUCCAGAUCCCAACCGACACCCUCAUCAAACUCUACCACACCUCUCAUUACCUGCGGUCAUUCCUCCGAUCAUACCCAACCGCAUGGAAGUCCCUCUCAUUUCGUCUGCUCUUCCCGUCGGGUACCCUCCCAGCGACCCGGAUUAUCGUAUCGGGGCUGUCCGAGCCGAUUACGCAUCGCCAGUCGCGUCCCUACGCGCUUGACCAAUUGCUAAUGAACAUUGUGAUCCCCUUCAGCGGUUGCUUGAAGAGUCUGACGUUGGACAACACAGCAGUGUCGGGACAGAUUCUGAUUUCGACCGUGUUGCAUUCUCGCCGGGAGACAUUGGAGCACCUGUCCGUUCGGGGAUGCAAGAAUGUUUCCCUCAAAUACCACGUCAUCCCAUACCUGACCAUGUUCGGGCUACAGUAUGACGUGGACAUGGAAAAGAGCAUCGGGACCUCUCCCUCAACAAAGCGACUGGCCCUCAAGAGUCUCUAUGCAUACAGAUGCCGUCAUCACCGCCGCAGGCCGUAUCUGUCUUCUUCUCUCGUACGCAAGGAUUCCGACUCGGAGCCGACGCACGAGCUGGUCAAUCUCUGCCACAAGCUAGGGAUCUGGACCGACACUGCCUGGUGCACCACACCCGCCGGCAGGUGUUUUCGCAGGCGCGGCUAUGUGUCGAUGAGAGUACCGCAAGGAUCACCCGAAGUAUGGGUGGUCUUUGAUCGACUUUGGAGAUCAAAAAACUGGAUUGGACCCAUCGACUCGCGGGCUGGUGGGACUCGGGUGCGUGACGGCAAGCUGUGGGAAAACUGCGACACUGGAAAUUACGGUGAACCAUUGGGGACAGGUGAAGGAUCUGACCUGGGCGAGGGCAAGCUCACGCCGACACAUCUGCGCCGCAGUCACACCCAAUUUGUCGAAAACGUUCGCUGUGACCACUGCUUCGAACCCGUCUCCGAACGGUGUGAGCAAUGCAGUAUCUUGAUGCAUUGCGUCGGUUGCCGCAGGACUCUUUGCGCCAGCUGCGCCUACGAGCGGCCCUAUCUGCACAGAGGGCAAUCAUCGACCACCACUGAGAGUGCCACUGGAAGUAGCACCGACUCCUUAUGGUGGGCUCCUGGGGCGACCCACUCUCCCAGUUCGAUGCAGGACCCCGUCUCCGAUCAAGUAGACAAUAACAACAACGCAUUCCAUCCGGCACACAUGGCGCUCCAUCCGGCACUCAAGUUUCACUGGUGCUGUACAGAACCCAUCUUUUCUGGGGGAGGCGGAAUCAGCAUCGGAACCCCAAGUCGGGACGUGGAUCAGGUGCGGGCUGCGCCCCUACCUCGAAAUCAAGGGUGGGAGGAUCUUGAGUACACUGUCAGCGAAUGGAGCAAGACUUUCCCAAAAUACGCCUACGGAGACCCCGGCAAACCCGACUACUCCCUCGAAACUGGACACCUGGCGAUGAUGAAAUGGUUGCUUGGCCCACCUAAUCGCCAGGUCUCUCCGUGUCCACGCAAUCUAUGCCAGGAGUGCUACGACUCACCACAAUGGAAAGUGCACUGCAAGAGUUGCUCAAAACCUCUUUGCAUUGAGCACGAUCUUCGCGGCCUUCGCUUACGGAUCUGCGGCUACCGUGACCUAGCAUUCGAAAAGAUGACCAUCCAAAACCGCGUCGAGGCGAGCCCGCCACCAAUAUCUAUCAUUGGCAUUCGAACAGACCAACUGCCAAGCUACGACCUACCUUUCCGCACUCAACGGCUCCUCGAUUCCGCCACCAGCAGCUUUACUGAAGAUCCUCACGUCGACGGUCUGCUGGACGGGGCAGGGUCAGAGUCAAACAGUGGUGACCAUCCGACCUAUCCAGGCCUUCCUCCACGCCAUCAGUCUCGCUCCUAUUCCGCUCCAACCUCCACGCAUUCUGGUUCUUCCUCUCCAUCUUCGGUUGGUUUUGACUCGCCCUUCGAGGUUCCAAAAUGGCAAGGCUGCCAGUCCUUCUUUUGCCCCCAAUAUCGGGCCGUUGGGGACCAGCGCCAGAGAUGCCCCAGCUAUCUUCGUGAAUGCAAAAACUGCGCCGUAUUCGUCUGCCAGGACUGUGUCCACGCCAACCCGCCUUGCAAAUGCACCUACUGCGAGGAGAACUACCUAUGCCCGAACUGCACAAAAGUCCGUGCUCGCGAUGGCCUGUGCCGCCGGCGCGAGGAGGAGAAAGCGCGGCGAGAGCGCAAGUGGAAGCAAGACAUGCAGGUUUUAGAGGGCAUCCUGGAGCUGAAGGUGGCGAACGAAGUCGCCGAGUUUGCGGGCCAAUUUUUCGAGCUUAUUGACGAGCGCGACAACGACAGCGUUGUGAUCACUCCAAUUUACGACGACGUACCCCACACCGAACCAUCACCCUUACCGGCCAACAUUCCUCCUCACACAGUCGAUGUCAGUAGCGAUCUCGAGGCUUCCUUGUUCCUCGGACCCAACUACCUCGGCUCUCUUUAUGGUUCGGAGUAG